UAACAUGGUGGUCAACGGUGGUGUUGGUGAUGCCUCCAGGGGUAUAAAUACGACGAGCGCUGCGGGGCUUGAUAAACACUUGCCCAUCAGCGAUUACCGCCGCAGCAUGUACACGCCAUUGGUAGCCUUGAUCGCGUUGGCGGCCUACGCCGCGGCGAUGCCUGCCGACGCCGUGAUUCCCAUUGUCAGCCAGAGUCAGGAGGGGCCCAACCCGGACGGGUCCUACAAGUGGAAUUACGAAAGCGGUAACGGUAUAAAAGCCGAGGAGGAGGGUCACGUGGAGGGUGUCGGCACCGACGACGAGGCAAUGUCAGCGAAGGGUGGCUUCAGCUACACCGGUGACGACGGCCAGCCGAUCUCCCUAACGUAUGUGGUCGAUAAGAAUGGGUUCCAACCGGUGGGCGCACACCUGCCCACCACGCCGGAAAUCCCGCCGCUCAUCUUGAAAGCCCUCGAGUGGAGCGCGGCGCAUCCGUCCAAGGAAGAUCAGGAGAAUCAAAAGUAAAUCCGCGAUCGGCGCCGCCGUCCAGCAUGUGAUCUCACGACCUCACGUAAUUAAUCCGCCACGAGAACGGGAAAUGAUUCACGAUGGCGCCAGAUGAGUGUCACCGCCGCCCGCAUCAUCCUCGCUCCCUCCCCGCUUCCUCACCCCGAAACGGACACGGACUGCUCUGGUUCAAAUCGACGUAAUUAAUGCAUUGAUGUAAUCGGUGCGAUUGGCGCACCGGCGUAAUCGAUGUAAUUAUUUAUUGUACGUGUGUACUUUAUUAAUUGUAUUAUGUAUUGUAUAUUAAUGUAUACUCUCGCGAUUCCAACUUUACUACUGUUUUUAGACCUACGGUAUCAUCUACAUACAUGCAUAUGUAUUGUUAUUAUAUAACGUAUUGUAUUAAUAUAUGAUAUACGAGACACGGGCAUGUAUCACGACCGACUAUGUAAUUGACUCGUCGGCAAAGUAUAUACUGUCGCGUUGUAUCAAGAAUAAACGUUGCAUCUCAGCAGAGA